CCUUGUCAUCAUCACUAAAUGAAGUUACAAAAUCAUGUUUUUUUUCUUGACUAUUAUAGAACGAUGCAUCUAGAAUCAGUGAAGGAUAACGUUAUAAUGACGAAGUGAGUAAUCCCUUUUCGCUUUUAUAUACAAUAUUCAUUUGAGCUAAAUUAACUUAUUUUGUAAGUAUUCAUCAUACUCGUCAUGUUGGUGUUUAUUGUAAGAUUUCGUAUAGUACCAUCUGUAAGUUACUUGAGAAGCCGAACUUUUUUAGACAACUUUAUAUUCUUGUCUUGUAAACUUUUAGUUAGUUGAUAAUACACCGGUACCAGUAGUGCCACAACUAGCACAAGACGAUGUCACUGAAUUCAAUUAUGACGUAAAACAUAUUCAAGAAUGGCGGAUUAUUGACGAAGGUCUUUGUUUGGAAGGUCAAUGUCGAAAUUCUCGAUGUAAAGCAUACAAACAAAUGGUCAUCGUCAAUAAAGGUUAUGGCCGAUUUGAUUUAAUUAGAGAACAACACAUGUCGAAAUGUCCAUUGUGCCAACAUUCAAUUAAACCCAUUAAAUAUGCUGUGAAUCGAUGUCAGUGGCGAACCGAAAAAUCACCAACUUAUAAAACAGCUGGUAGUAAAUAUUAUCUCUAUGACAUACCUGAACAAGUGUCAUUUACAGUUAAAACAAAACCUCCUAAAACAGGGAGAGAUAUUGAACAACAAUGUUCAAUAUGUUUGAUGAAUUUAGAGCAAGAACAAAGUGAAAAAAUUGAGUUGAUAUGUCAACACGCAUUUCAUCGAUUAUGUGUAAGGAAAUGGUUACAAUCCGGUGAACAAACAUCCGGACAAUGUCCCAUAUGUCGGAAACCAAUCCGCGAGAUUUAA